AUGGAGUUUAAUCCAAGCUUCCAAGGCCAGCACCCAUACCUUUCAAGCUUUUUCCCUGAAAAUCCAUGCUCAAAGCAAGAGACUCAAACCAUGUUACCCUUACAAAGCUCCAUUCUCGUUGCACCAUCACCACCAUCCAACCAUAGCCCCAUGUUUCUCCCCAACACUCUCAACCAUUACUUGAAUGUGCCUAAUUACCUCCACCACCCUUCUUCAUCCAUCACCAACCCCUUCUAUGGGACAAUUGGUGAUGGGUCUCAAGGAGGUUUUGUCAACACUCACCAUCGUCACCCUGUGUCGACUUUAGCACCAAACAACAACAAAAUGGAACCUUUGCAUGGUAAUCACCAGAGAGACAAAGUUAUUUGGGACUUUUCUCAAAAAACUUUGGUUGAACCUUCUCAAGCUUCUUCCUCAAGGCUAAUUAACCCACUCUCACCAUUUCCAAUUUCUAGUGAUCAUGGAUUGGUGAUGAGUGAUCAGAAAAGAGUAAAGGAGGAGAACAAUCCAAACAUUCCUAAUGCUAACUUGAUCAAAGGACAGUGGACACCAGAUGAGGACAGGGCUCUUGUGGAAUUGGUGAAACAAUAUGGAUUAAAGAAAUGGUCCCACAUCGCAAAGUCUCUGAAUGGCAGAAUUGGGAAGCAGUGUCGAGAAAGAUGGCACAAUCAUCUCCGCCCAAACAUUAGGAAGGACUCAUGGACCCUAGAGGAAGACAUAAUGCUGAUCAGAUCCCACCAAGAAGUUGGAAACAAAUGGGCAGAGAUUGCAAGGAGAUUGCCUGGUAGGACUGAAAACACCAUCAAGAACCAUUGGAAUGCCACUAAGCGACGCCAAAGAUGCAAGAAGCCGAAGAACAAGUCUUCCACUCCUGAAGGUUCAUUGCUCCAAGCCUAUAUCAAAAGGGUCACUGAAAAUGAAGAAGCUGCAAAAAAGCUUAAGAAAUCUAUGUGCAAUAAGAAUAAGAAUGUGUUGGAUUGUAGUUGUAAUGAUUUAGCUCUAAUGUUUCCCUAUGAUCACUCUCCACAUAACGUGCUCAAUGGAAAUGGAAACAGUAGUGGCUAUGCACCGAUUCAAGUCAAUAACAAUGAUGAUGGUAGAAACCUUCUCUACGGAGCAAUGAUGCGGUGCAGUGAUGGAAAACUUGGUAGCAAAGGAUGA